UCUCUGGAGUCCGCGCGGACGCGGCUUCCUUACCUCAUUUGUCCUCGCCCCUCCCCGUUCCUCUACGUGUUUCGGUUCCUGGUUGGUGCUUCCUGGUCGCAGCCGCGGCAGUGACAUUAAAGCGACUGACUUUCCAUAAUGUUUGGUGGCUAUGAGACUGUAGAAGCAUAUGAAGAUGAUCUGUAUCGUGAAGAUUCAUCUAGUGAACUGAGUGUUGAUAGUGAGGUGGAAUUUCAGCUCUACAGCCAAGUUCAUUAUGCCCAGAAUGUCCAUAAUGCCAACAAGGAAGAAGGGUGUGAGGAAAAGAACUGUGAGAAUUCUGAAACAGCUAGUGUCCAAACAAACCAGAAGAACUUAAUCGUUCUUUCAGAUAGUGAAGUCAUCCAGCUGUCAGAUACGUCAGAGGUCAUCACAUUAUCUGAUGAAGAUAGUAUUUAUAGAUGUAAAAGAAAAAAUAUUAAAGUCCAAGCACAAGAAAAGAGCCAAACUCCUGCUUCUCCUCAUUCUAAUAAAUUGGCUAAGAAACGCAAGAGGGAUAAUGAGAAGCCUGAACCUGAAGAGAGAUCAAGUGUGAUCCGAGAGGUCAUGAUUAUAGAGGUCAGUUCAAACGAGGAGGAAGAAAGUACCAUUUCAGAGAAUGAAAAUGUGGAAAGCUGGAUGCUACUGGGAUGUGAGGAAGAUGAUAAAGACCAUGACAUCCUUCUCAACCUUGUGGGAUGUGAAAACCCUGGUGCUGAAGGAGAAGAUGAUGUGAACUGGUUCAUCAGUGACAAAGACAUAGAGGCCAAGAUAGGCAAUAACAGAUCAUCUGGAAGAUGGACCAACCGAUACUAUUCAGUCAACAAAAAUGUCACAUGUAGAAAUUGUGAUAAACGUGGCCAUUUGUCAAAAAACUGCCCCUUACCACAAAAAGUCCGGCCUUGUUGCCUCUGCUCAGAGAGAGGACAUCUCCAGUAUGGCUGUCCAGCCCGUUUCUGCUUAGACUGCUCUUUGCCUAUGUCUUCCACACACAGAUGUCUUGAAAGAUCUUCCUGGAGAAAACGAUGUGACCGAUGUGAUAUGAUAGGCCACUAUGCUGACGCUUGCCCAGAAAUCUGGAGGCAGUAUCACCUAACGACCAAACCUGGACCACCUAAAAAACCAAAGACCCCUUCUGGACCAUCGGCGUUAGUGUAUUGCUACAACUGUGCAAAGAAAGGCCAUUAUGGACAUGAAUGCACAGAAAGACGGAUGUUCAACCAGACGCUGCCAACAUCUCCAUUCAUCUUCUACUACGAUGACAAAUACGAGAUCCAGCAGAGAGAUCGGAGGAUAAAGCGGAAAGUGAAAGAAAUCCAGAAAAACGGAGAUUUUCCAAGGCAGUUCAAAAGACCACACAUGGGAGAGACAGAUAAGAGAGGCCGCCAUGAUGUGAGAAAAAGCCAUUCCUCAAGGAAAAGCAGCAGGUGGCCUCGAGAAAAUAAAGAAACCCGCCAAGAAAUGACCAGGAAUAGAGACAGUGAGAAGCACAGGUGGGCUCACCGGCAUGGUGAUGUGGAUGAAGACUUCCCUAGGGGCUCAGCUCACUCCUCUGGCAGUGUUGCAAACCAAAAGCCAUCCAGGUCCCGGCACCAUUCAUCCCAUUACUACAGGCUGAGAGAAGAGCGCCUUCUCAGAGAGAGCAGGCACAGGAAGCCAAAGAAGAGGACACACACGGAAGAGGAUAGCAAUGAUAAUUUAUUUCUUAUUAAGCAAAGGAAGAAAAAAACAAAGCUGUGAGGCGGUUUCUGACCUGGUUUUCCCGUUAGACCAUUGUGGCAGCGUUCUAUUAUCUGUUAAAUAAAGGGAGGCUUUGGGUUUUGAUUGCUUAA